AUGAUGUCGCUACAUUCGUACCGAGACCGAACGGCCCACGACCAAUGCCGCCGUGUCUGGAGCGCGGCCUUCGGGGACCGGGCUCUGCGCGGUUACGAGCAGCGCAUCCGGGUCUAUCGCCAGAAGCUCUUUCAGCGAUUGGAGGAGAGGGCUGGUGCGGAAUCGCCAAUCAAUAUCAGCCAGUGGUUCAACUUUUACAGCUACGACACCAUGGGCGACCUGGCCUUUGCGCGCAGCUUUGAUAUGUUAGACGCAAGCCGGAAUCAUUGGGCGGUAGACAUGCUCAUGCACGGCAUGACCGGGUAUCGGUAUCUGUUUCCGAGCUGGUUCUUUCGUCUGCUCGCUACCAUGCCAGCGUUGUCCAAUGAGUGGCAUAAGUUUAUCGGUUUUGCGACAGAUACCCUGCUGCGUCGCCUGGGUGAGCAAGUGGAUGUUCCGGACAUCUUCGCGUCCUUGCUUGCGCCGCUCAAUGGCCGAGACCCUACCGAUGACGAGCGCAACAUGCUCAUGGGAGAUGCAAUGCUCAUAAUCACAGCAGGAAGUGAUACCACAGCAACGAGCUUGACAAGCAUCGUGUACGAAUUAAGCCGCCGCCCUGAUGAGGUCGACAAAUUACGAGCUGAGAUGGAGCACAUCGAAGCUGAUAGUGACGGGGAGUACCAGCACGACAAGCUCGCCAAGCUACCGCAUCUCAACGGCUUUAUCAACGAGGCAUUCCGGCUGCACCCUCCCAUACCCGGUGUCGUUCCGCGAAAGACCCCGCCAGAGGGGAUCCAUGUCAGGGAUGUCUUCAUUCCAGGAAAUAUGACGCUGUUUAGUCCGCAGUGGAGCACGGGUCGAUCCGAAGCUGCCUACGUCGACCCUGCGCUGUUUAACCCAGAACGGUGGUACAAGCAUAUAGACCUUGUAAAAGACAAGUCGGUCUUCGCCCCGUUCUCCAUUGGUCCUUAUUCAUGUAUUGGAAAGCCCCUCGCCUUGAUGAAUAUCCGCACAACCGUGGCGCGUUUGAUCAUGACGUUUGACAUGAGCUUUCCAGCUGGUGAGGAUGGGACACGGUGGAUGGACGCUGCGGAUGAGCACUUUGCCAUGGGUAUACAUCAGAUGCCCGUGGUCUUAACCAGACGCCAUUAG